AUGAAGACAAAUCCUGGUAGUGUUUGCAAGGUAAAGGCAAAGUUGGAGCCUGAUGGGAUGUCAACAAGAUUGGAGAGAGCCUUUUUCUCUUUAAAUGCAAUGUGGAAGGGGUUUAAGGAGGGUUGUAGGCCUUUCAUUGGAUUGGAUGGUUGUUUCUUGAAGACUCCUUAUAAUCAGAUUCUGCUUAGUGCUGUUGGUAGAGAUGGAGACAGCAGUUUUUAUCCUAUUGCACUUGCUGUUGUUAAAGCAGAGACUAAGGAUAGCUGGGAUUGGUUCAUAGAGGAGUUGAUGGCUGGCUUGGUGGACACAUUUGCAUCUUUGGAUGGUGGUCAAGAUCACAGGUUUUAUGUUAGGCACUUGCAUAAGAACUUUAAGAAGAAAUAUCCAGACAUGGAGUUGAAACAAAUGGUGUGGAAUGCUGCAAAUGCAUUCAAUGAACCUGAGUUUGAGAAACAUAUGCAGAAUAUAAGGGUACUCAAUGGUGAGGCAUAUGACUGGUUCUGCAGAAUCCCAUUUAGGUUUUGGACUAAGUCUAAGUUCACAGAUUCUUCUAAGUGUUGUCUUAAUAGUAAUAAUAUGUAUGAAUCAUGGAAUUCACACAUAUUAAAGGCAAGAGACAAGCCUAUCAUUACAAUGUUUGAGAUGAUUAGAAGGGGUUUAAUGUCAAGGUUUCAUGAGAGGAGGGAAUGCAUGGGGCAACAAACGGGGCUUUUGUGUCCAGCUGCAAAGGCUAAAGUGUUGGUAAACAAGAAGGAAUCAAAGAAUUGUGCAGUAUAUUUUUCUUCACUAUCUUGUUAUGAUGUCCAAGAUGAGAUUGACAAUGAGUUUGUAAAUCUACAAGAGAGAAAUUAUGCAUACUUGGAAUGGAAUGUCACAGGUAUCCCAUACAAGCAUGCCAUUGCUGUUAUGACUAAGAAGAAACUACCUAUUGAAGAAUAUGUUGAUGCCUACCACCAUAGGUCAACAUUUUUUAAGGCAUAUGCAUUCAAGAUCAAUCCAUUGGUCUUUAGGCACAUGAAAAAACUACCACUUGUGCCUUUGAUCUCUCCAAUAGCUAGGAAACCUCCCGGAAGGCUAAAGAAAACAAGAAUGAAAGCUCAUGCUGAAGAUGUUGAGAAUCAAAGAGGUGAUGGGAAUGGUAGAGGUAAUAUGAAUGAGAUAAUUAGAAGAGUUGCAGCCAUACAAGGGACUGGGAGAAGGACAGCAGGGAUAACAUAA